AUGGGCAAAACAUUUCGCAACAUCACAGUUGCCUCGACCGGUGACUUUGGCGACAAGACAGAUAAGAUCAAGAAUUGGGUCGAACAUGCCGGUGGUGCUUUCGUCAAGGACAUCACAACAGACGUCACACAUCUUGUAGCCAGCAAGAAGGCAUGGAAGAAGUACCAUCCCAUGGUCCAAGCGGCACGGCGCCUGAAAAGCGUACACGUCGUCAGCCUCGACUGGUUGGAAGAUAGCUUGACCAUGACGAAGUCCCGCAGACCGCUCAAUGAGGCAAAGUACACUUAUGAAAAGAGGAGUGGCAAGGCCUCGAAGGUGACGCGGAAACGGAGUCGUGCGAAGAAGAAGGACGAACCUGCCGCUAUCGACGCCGCAACACAUGAGAGAAAGAGAGAUAGCACGCACAUCGACGAUGGAAGCGCAGCAAAGUCUCCGAAAAAGAAGAAACAGCAGCAGCAACAAUACCACAGUUUCUCUGGCUCACCAGGUUCACGACACGGCGAGAAAGACGGUGAAACGGAAGAGAUGCAUUGCUCCAAGGACGAGCGUGUCGAGAUGACAGCAAAUGAAUACGAGGCUGAGUGUGCUGAAUUCGUCAAGGAGAUGGGUACAAACGGCUACCGCCCAUUCACCGACUCUAAAGGCUUCAUGUACCUUCUCACGCUCGUGAGAAAGGACAUCCUCCGGAACCGGCUCGAAAAGCAUAGACUCAAGGUGCGUUACGCAUCUGAUGUCUUUCCCUCCUCUUCCUCGUCUUCUUCCUCUGUCUUGCCAACCACAUCGUCGACAUGUCGCCUCCCACAUACAAUGUCAUCAGCCAAGUACCCCUUAACCAACCAAGAACCUCAACAUUGGUCGAGCCUUUCCAACGAGGCGGUAUAUAAAAUCAACGAAAAUCUGCGACGCUCGGAACUUGUUCACACAGACUGUGUGGAGGGCCAUGAGGUUACCGCCGUACCAAAGGCAUACAUGCCCUCAUACUCUGUGGCAAAUUUCAUCCCGUCGCUUCCUUGCUGUCCUGUACCAUUGUAUUACUUUCCAAAGCCCUUCCCCUUCUGCAACUACCCUGUCAUCGCAAGCAGUCUGCCACAAUCCCUUCAGCCGUCCAACCCGAAUUUGAAGGUUCAUGUUCCGAACCCAUGGGCUCAGAGUUUACAGCUUUUUGAAUUCGAUCCCAACCUACGAUCCACGUCGACGACAAACGGAAACGGUCCAGGUUCGAUAACAGAUCUCGCUGCAGGGGCAAGCCCUGAGUUCCCAAGAACAAAGUCCUAUGCAUGUUACAGCAUCUACAUCCGUCCUGGGCACCGAUAUGUCACCCAGCUUGCACCUCCGGGAAGUACCUUCGAUUUUGCAUUCGCCAUGUUCAACAAGUUCUUCCAGAAGAGAGUCGGCGUUAGCUGGGAGGAUCGUGAUGGUAUUCGGGAAUUGGCGCGGGUGAAGAGAGGCGGCAAAGACGCGAUGGCACUCCAAGCUGAUGGAACUGCGGAUGAUCGGCUUUUCAAGUUCUUUGGCCCUAGAGUGAUGAAGGACAAUGGUUUGAAUUUGCUUGAAGACGGCGCGGUUGAGAACAUCGAAGGUCGUUUGCGAAAACCUAGUGUGACAAUGCUGGUAAAUCCAACUGUGGACCAGCCGAUGGAUGAGGUGAAGGCAAGAGCCAUGACCCCAGAGGGAGGCUGGUAA